UCAAUGGAAUUGAGUUCUGGAGCAGAGUGUAUUCGUCCUGAAUACUAUAAAUGGUUAAGUUCCACUGCGCUUCAGUGCAAUAGCACUAGCGAUACAGUUGAAGAUGUCGUAUACUCUCAUUCAUCAUUUCUGCAAUCUCAAUUUAUCGUUCGUCCCGAUUCCACCACUGUAUCAGAGGAGCAAGUUCGCAUCUUAAUGGGAUGCUUGAUAGUCAUGAGCAAUCUGCUGCUUCUCAUUUUCCUCAACUCUCGAGCCAGCAUGCGACGUCGAUACAUAUUCUUUACAUUGGUAAGCAUAGGUGACAUACUAGAUGGGACAUAUCUUAUCUAUCCAAGUAUCAUGCGAAUUGGCCAGAUGGCCACUGGUACAUUUUCAGGAGGAACAUCCUUAUGGGGUUGCGCUAGUCGAGGUUACAUGGUAUUUCGCAUCUACGGUACAGAACUUAUAUCCGUCUCAAUGCUUAUUAUGUCGGCAGAAAAGGCUAUUGCUGUGUUGUUUAUAGUGCCUUACAGACGUUACGCCACGAAUAAAGCUCGUUUCAUAACAGCUGCUGUCUGUCUACUUGUCUGUUUAUUCUCUUUGGGUACUAUGUUUUGCACCUCGUAUUUUGAUAAUCGGGCAGAGGUACAGGAGGAUAAGUAUUGUGGAAUUUCUGGCAGAGCUUGUGAAGCAAGCUCAGCAGGCAUAUUGUACGAUAGUCUCAAAGAUCUCUAUCGCUUUUGUGAAGGAGGUGCGCCGCAAGUAUCUCGUGUAGGCGAUGUCGCUGUAAGAACCCGGCCGAAAGUCCCAGCACCAUGGCUGUCUUCAUGGCUGGAUUGCGGCGUGUACUUCAGCAGGAAAAAUGCUUAA